AGCCGACUGUAAUAAAAAGGUAAGGUCAGAUCUUCUAAAAAACGAUAAUGCGUGAUGAGAAAUAAAUAAUAAAAAAGAAAUUCCGAACAUAUUAUUUUAAAAUGAAAAACUAACCAGAUUCUUUGACUUCUAUUUUUUUAAAUUUUUAGUCAAUAAAGAUAAUUGAAAAAUAUAUUAGUUUAGUAUUGAUAAUAAAUCUAACAUACAUAAGUGGAUGUUUAUCUACACUUGAAUAAUUUAAAUGCUUACAAGCAAAAGCCGUCAUUAGGUACAAGUAGGGGCUAAAAGCGCCAUCUAUACAUGUGUUAUAAAAACACAACGAUAAAAAUAAUUAAUCAUAAAUCAGAAAACAUGAAAAUAGUUAAAAUUAAAUAAUAUACUGAUUACUGACAUGAUCCUUUAUUUUUUUUUUUUGCAAACUUAUAAGUAAUAUUAAUUUACAGGUUGUUAUAAUAAUACACUUAACACUUCUAAAAAUUGAAAUUAAAUGACAAAUUAAGUAGGUAUUAACCUGACAAUUUUUUUUUUUGCAUUAAACCUCAUUGCAAUUUUAUUUGUAAUUGACGAAUAUUAUUAUCUAUUUAGAUAUAUAUUAGUUAAGGAUGGGGUCACUUUUCUCGAAAACCAUAUACGUAUCUUAGUCCGUGGAGUCGGCUAUAUAGUUGUUUUAUAUAAUAUCUGUGAUACUACCCGAUUUUGUUAUUCUUACGUCUCACAUGUAAUACAUUGUUUUAUAUAUUUGUUCUCAUAAAAAUUAGUUUAUCAAUAUUUGGACCAAUCACAGCAUAUGACGCGGAAAUGUGUAGAUAGUAGAUAAGCGUAACACGUUGGACGCUGAGAUAGCUACUUCCACUUUAAUUUUUAACUGUAAAUAAUUGAUUAAAGAAUAAAUAAUAGAUUAUUGAUAUUCUAUACUAGUCACACAUUAUAUUAAGUUAUAUUAUAUUUUAUUUAUUUACAGGAAUUAAAUAUUAGUUAAGAUGUUGGACACACGUCCAAACCAUACCAUCUACAUUAAUAAUUUAAAUGAGAAGAUAAAAAAGGAUGGUGAGAUCUCUUAUGGUUCUAAAUUAUUUUAUUUUAAUUGGUUUUUUUAUUCUUAGACUUGAAGAAAUCUCUUUAUGCAAUAUUUUCACAAUUUGGACAAAUUCUCGACAUUGUAGCAAUGAAAGGAAUAAAAAUGAAUGGUCAAGCUUUUGUUAUAUUCAAAGACAUAAGCAGCUCUACAAAUGCUUUACGUGCAAUGCAAGGUUUCCCAUUUUAUGAUAAGCCAAUGGUAAUAUAAUAAAUAAUAUAAUGUACUUAUGAGUGAUUAAAUGUAUGAGCCAUUAAAAUAUUUAUCUUUAAAAAAAAAUUUGUCAUUUUUCAACACUUUAGUAUAAGAAAUUUGAAAAAAACAAUUUUAUACGUGUAAUAACAAAAAAAAUCUUAUAUAAAUUCAAUAAAUAUUCUUUUUACGAUUUUGAUAAUAAGGAUAAAAUUACUCAAUGUAUUAAGUUAAUUGUCAAUUAGUAGAAAUACUAGUAAAGAGAAAAUAUAUAUGAAUUAACUGAGUACUUUUAAACGACUACAAAUUUUAAAAUUUUUUUUUCAAACAUAUACUUUUGGAUAUACAAAAAAAUGUAGGGACAUUGUACAUAUGAAAAAGAGAGGGACAGUAAGAUAGAAAAAUUAAAGUGAUUAGAUGCGAUUGAGAAUGUUAUGAUAUGAGAAUAUUCGAUGUAUGAAAGGUGAGAGAUCGGGUCAAAUGUAUGUUUAGAACGAGGGUUGUUGACAUUAAAUAGAUGGCAUGAAGGAAAAGAAAAUUUUCUUAAUGUAUUUUGAAUUAUCAAAAGCCAAUUGUAAUUUUAUUUUAGUUUCGUUUUGCUGUGAUACAUUAUUGCAUAUUUUUUUAUAUUAUUCAUAACUUUUAGUAAUUCAAAUUAAUUAUUGCACUCUUGAUAUUCAAACCAUUUAGUAUUUUAAACAUUCAGUAAUUCAAAGUUUUUUAUAAGACCCUCCAAAUUCAAAUUAUUGCAAGUUAACUGUAUUGCUUUUUAAUACAAAUAAAAAUAUCUUCUAUCAAAUAAAAGGUUUCAUACUAAUUAUUUUUAAACCGGUAUAAAUAAAGUAAUAUAGUAAAAAGUGUAACUCUGGAGAACAUAAUAUUAUAUUUACUCCUUUGUAUUUCUACUUUAAAAGCUUAAAAACAUAUGUACUAUCCAAGUUAUUAUCUGAUAUACUUCUUGGUAAACUUAUAAUCAUAAUUUAUAAAAAAAAAUGUUCUGUAUGUAUACAAAUUCAUGAUGUGACCAUUAGAAUAGUUUCUAUAACAAAUGUAGAGUAACCUUUUUCAAUGUAAUAAAACAACUUCUAGACUUGAAUGUACCUAAUUUAAAACUUUCAAUAGGAAAUUACUUGUUUAACCAUACAUUAAAACAAAUAAUAAAUUCCAAUUAAAGUUGCUGUUCAUAAAAAUUUUAGAUAGUAUUUUCAUAUUAUUUAUAAGAAUAAAAAUGAAUAAAGAAAUAAUUGUAAAAUUAUUUGUAUUUUAAUUAUAGCGUAUACAGUUUGCUAAAUCAGAAUCGGAUUUAAUUGCAAAAAUGAAGGGUACUUUUGUGGAACGCCAAAAAAAACCUAAGAAGCCAAAGGAUGACGAAGAAGCGAAAAAAAGGCGUAAAGCUGCUAAAGAACAAGCUCGUGCUUUGGCACAACAAAAUAACCCUGGAGGUGCAUCCGGUGGUAGUAAGUACCAUUUAUAAUAAUAUCUCUUAUUAAGUAGAGCAAAUGGUGUUAAUAUAUAUUUUAUUAUCCAACAGGUGUACCUGAACAACCACCUAACCAGAUUCUUUUCUUGACCAACCUUCCUGACGAAACAACUGAGAUGAUGUUAUCUAUGCUUUUUAAUCAGUAAGUGUUGUUGUUUUAUACUACCAUUGUACAUAGUUUUUAAUAAAAAUGUUUUAGGUUCCCCGGAUUCAAAGAAGUGAGACUUGUACCAAAUAGACACGACAUUGCUUUUGUGGAAUUUGAAAACGAACACCAGUCAAACACUGCCAAACUGUCAUUGAAUGGUUUUAAGAUAACACCAACUCAUGCGAUGAAAAUUACAUUCGCCAAAAAGUAAAAGUUUUCUUAGAGAGAAAUAAAAAUUUUAAUGUUGUGAAUUAAAAACAAAUACAUAACUUUUAAUAUAUUCAGAAUUACAAUAAAUC